UGCAGUUCUCUGCAGUGAGCGGAGAAUCUUAUAAAGGAACCGUCGGCGGAUUGAUGGCAAUUGCCAGGUCAGAAGGGAUCGCAGGCUUAUAUCGAGGAUUGGGAACCACUCUGCUAAGAGAUGCGCCGUAUUCUGGCAUCUACCUUGUGCUCUAUUCCCGCAUGCGCUCCCUCAUUCACGAUCGCAUCUCUACUGACGAUGGUCAUGCCGCCCGCACAGCCUCUACCAUGGCAGCAGGAGCAGCAGCGGGGGCCCUCGCAACCAUUCUGACCCACCCGCCUGACGUGGUGCGAACCCAUCUGCAGCUGGCCACUCUGCAUGCGACAGCUGGCAAGCCGCUGACCAUGCUCGGUGCCACGUCAGCCAUUUACAAGUCGCAGGGCCUUCCUGGUUUCUUCCGAGGGGUGGUGCCACGUGUGCUGAAGCGAUCAAUGCAGCAAGCACUCACAUGGACUCUCUUUGAGCGCCUCUCGUCAGUUCUCUCUGGUAGGACGCUUUGGGACCGGAAAGAUGCUGGGCCGCACUCGGUCGACUUCCCCGCUCCGCCCCGCACUGGAUUCCCCCAAACCACUCCGCACUCGACUCCCGCAUUCUGCCCCGCACUCGACUCCCCCACUCCGCCCCGCAUUGGACUCCCCCCCCUCUCCGCCCCGCACUCGAAAAUCUCUUAG